AUGCAGGAUGUCGAAGAAUGCCAGGUCGCAUUUUCUGCUAUUAUCUCGCAAUGUAUCAGAACAGACAAGGCCUCUAGUGGUGAGUCUCACGCAGAGGCGGGCAUCACUUAUCUUGUGUAUUCAAGCAGUCCGGACGAGCACCAUUGGAACCAUGCGCGCACUCCAGGCCCAGUAAAGCCUGCUCCCGUGAAGCCCGGUCCAGUAAAGCCUGCUCCAGUAAAGCCUGCUCCAGUAAAGCCUGCUCCAGUAAAGCCUGCUCCCGUGAAGCCUGCUCCAGUAAAGCCUGCCCCCGUGAAGCCUGCUCCAGUAAAGCCGCCACCAACCCCAGUCAAACCAUCACCGGCUCCAGCACCAGCAAAGACGAUUAAGAUUGGCCCAACAAAGGACUGCAAACAACUAGCUCUGCUUAUGCAGACGUCGACUAAAAAAGGAAAGCUCUCUCGCGAUAUCGAAGAAGAUCGGGGUGGAUUUGUCGGCAGCAGAGUGGAUGUCAAUACCAAGAAAGAGUUCGGAAAGAGGGCUCCUGGUGAUGAUGAUGACGACUGGAACGGGCCUGGUGCAGAUGAUACGACACUCAAUCACGAAGGACGUCCCAAAAAGGGAACCGCGUGCGGAAUCACGUUUAAUGCGUUGAGUUAUCCGAAAGCAGAGUCGAUGUUGACCUUUUGCCAGUAUUUCAAGGAACAGUGGAAAGGCAGUUAUCCUCAAGACCUUACCAUUAAUGGCAAAACUUUGAAGCCGCUUGACCACAUGGCACAAGCGUUUCCCGGUGUAAAGAACCGCGAAGAAGAAUUUGUGUGGCUGCAAGCAACCAUGAACACUCCAGCAAAGAGCAACAUGUGGGCUUAUAAAGGAGGAAAGGAUGGAGCGGGAACCCUCUACAACGCCGAAAAAAUGCGCGAAUACAUAACUGGAGAAAAAUCCGUCGUGAAGGGAAAAAAUCUCGAGAAAGUAUCCGCCGAUCUCGUCGACAAGGCCAAAAUCGCCCUACUGAAACUAAAAGCCCUAAUGGGCGCCCGCAUGUACAUGCGAUCAAAGACGGUCAGCACCAUCUUCAAAAAGCAAAAGGAGGAGAUUGGCAAGAUGCUAGACGCCAUUGAUGAGGAGAUGCCUAAGAAACCACGCACGCCUCCCAAUGGCCACAAGACAAUCGAUCCGUGGGUCAAGCAAGACCUGGGAGCAUUGUGGAACCAGUACAUGAACGAGCGGUUCGCCAUUGCACACAAGCGCACGCACAACGACAUGGACACGUAUCUGAAGUUGCUCGACGAUAGGUGGUGCGAGGGCAGACCCAAGUCAAGACCUGGAUCUCCAGCUGGGUCUCGUCCCAGCUCGCCAAUUGAUACGCUGGAGGAGUUGUUUGGGGCCAUGGAUUUGAACGAUGUCAAGAUGAAGGAUCUCUGUCGCUUUUUAGAUAAGGUACAGAAGGAGUGGACGGCGGAGAAGGCAAAGCCGUGGGCAAAGCCAUGGUAA